GUUCAAUUCUCACCAGGAUAGAGAAUCUAUCAGGAUUUUAACUUGUGCAAAAAUACAUACCCCUAAAACUAAUAAUAAUGGAGUGUGGCGUUACCGACGGAGUUCCUGUUGCUGGCUCAUCUAGUGGGACACAUAGAAAUAUCGCAAACUCACCUGAUAGCAAGACUACGAAUGGGCUGCAUUGUAUUUUUUCGCACAUUUCCUUACCGUACGGUCCAGGAGAAAAUGGGAUUUGCGGAAAAUUACAUAUCACUCAUCAACUUGGGGAUUCUGUCCAUAAAAUUGGACGAAAAUCAGAUAAUUGGCCAGAUUACGCACUCAUAGUUGAACUUCAUGGAUACUUGAAAAAAGGAUACGGACAAAGUUGUCGCACCUUUUUGAGGGAACUUGUCCCAGAUGAAGAUUCCGAAUUUAUUUGUCACUCGAAAAUUUUUGUCUUGCUUUCUGGAGAAGAAAAAGGAAUCAAAAAGGGAGCUAAUUUAAAAGAAUGUCAAUCCUCAGUUCUGCCCCGAAAUUCAGUAUCAUUCAAACUUAAACUUCCGGAAAAUCAUGACCAGCUACCAUCUAGUAUUGGCUUUUGGUUUCGGGUGGAAUAUUUUUUAGUUGCAUACCUCCGAACGAAUGACGGCUAUGUACAAGUCGACACCAAACCAUUACCCGGGUAUCACGGGCAUAAUUUGGUAUCGAUUCAAAAUGAGUGCGAGACAAUUAUUUGGACCUCGGUUACCAAAGAAUUUACUCUAGUUUUCACCUCGCCUCGGAAAUAUUACCUGAUUGGUAGUAAACAAGGACUACCUUUCAAUGUGACCCUUACAUUUGCGCGCCAAGUCGGACCGGAAAUCUCCAUCCAAUGUUGGGUCGCUCUGAUCGAAAAAAUCUCCAUAGGAGAAGCGAAACCAAUAGAAAGGGUGCUUGACACGAAAACUCAAUCAAAACACGUUCCUGGAUUAAGUUUGACAUUUCGCGGAAAAUUCCUCGACCCCGAGAACAAGGUUGGGUGUGAAGAUAAAUGGUUGUCGGCUUCGUUCAAUCCGUCUGGAGAUGGCCAACUGAAAAUCCAGCAUUACUUAAGAUUCAGGAUCUUCUUUGGCGAGGGGUGUUUUGACUUAGGAAAAGUUCGAGGAGAAGUGGAAAUAUUUAUCGGGACUGGAAGAGUUGUGGGUGGUCAAGGGAGGGUCAUAUCACGAGGUUUUCUUUCCAGAAUGCGGUCACAGUCCGUGUCAUCCCUCCUGUCACUCUUUCCACCGUCAUACUCUCGAACUGGGAGUCGCCGAGGUUCCGUAAUGUCGCUAGAAACAUGUCAGUUGACAAAGAAUCUUAAUACUUUAGAUAUACAUUAUGAAAGCGUUUUGGUGGAGAAUUAAUACAGAUUUUGUUUGUCCAGUGCCUCCACAUUAGGAGGAUUUGCGUAUUAAAGAUAAAGUGGGGGAUGCGAUUUAAUUUGGGUGAAGAGUUUAGGUUAAGUUUAGAACCUACCAAUCGUAACGACAUUUGACCCAU